AUGGUCGGUCACACCUCACACUCGGGCUGGUUCCUUCCCAUACCCAAGCUGACAAUGUCCCCGCAUUCCCCCGCCUCGCUCCGCGGCUCGUGCAGCCCGCGGUCGUUCCUCCGUCCGAAACGUUCGCGUGGGACAAGCUCGCGUUUGCGCUGUACCCGACCUCGGGCUACGUCAGCUACACCUACAAGGACGGCGCGUGGGGUAAAGCAGAGUGGGUCAGCGAACCCUACCUCAAGCUUCACGUCGGAAGUGGUCAGUCCUCUUGCUCUGUGCUCGCUGCUCUCGGCCUCUGACCGGCAUCGCACCGCAACUCUGAUUCCCCGAGCUCGGGCUUGCUCACCGCUUGCCCACUGUCGCAAUUUCCCUUCCCACAGUCGCUCUCAACUAUGGUGCUUCGACCUUUGAAGGACUCAAGGCGUUCCGUCACCCCGACGGACAGGUGAGUUUUCUACGUUCCCCACUGAGUGAGACAAGAGGGAUGUCCGAGGCCGAGGACGACCAAUAGUGGUUGCAUUCCGGAGCCUUUCCUCGCCUUCGAAACAUCGAGCUAAUCACGAUACAUGGUUUACGAUUCUUCCCAGGUCCGCCUCUUCCGACCCAAGGACAAUGCCGCUCGGAUCCAAGUUCGUCCGGAGCCAGCUCAUCGCGGUUCGGGGUCCAGCGAGAUCGUUUCCUCGACCCGAACGCUGACACUUUCUCCUCGUCUACACCAAUAGCACUCUGCAGAGGUUGUCUCGAUGCCGCCCGUCCCCGAGGAACUCUUCCUCGAGGCUGUCUCCCUCGCCGUCGGUCGCAACUUGGACCUCGUGCCCCCUCAUGCCCCACAUGGCGCUUCGGGGUCGAUGGUACGUUCGUAACGCUCCCGUCUGCUCCCCAUGUUCAAGCUACGUCUAUCUGACCCCAAGCAUACUGUACGUGUUCUACAGUACGUUCGUCCCUUGGCCUUCGCCUCGGGUGAAAACUUGAUCCUCGCGCCCCCCUCCGAGUUUCAAUUCAUCGUCUACGUCACCCCGACUGGAAGUCUGUACGGUACCGCCGGACUCAAGGCCCCCGCCAUUGAUGCUUUCGUGCUCGAGACCUUUGACCGAGCCGCUCCUCGAGGCGUUGGACAUGCCAAAUUGGCUGGUAACUACGCGUGAGUCAGACAGGAUAAUGGGAGAUUGCGAGUAGACGCUAAGGCAUCUGAGAUCAUGUCUAUCCACAGACCUACUUUCCGACAUGCUGCAGCUGCGAAGCAAGCUGGUUAUGCUAUUACCCUUCAUCUUGAUUCGGCCACUCGAACUGUAAGUUCCUCCUCGGUCAAGUUCAGAAAGGAGGAGGGGAUCAAGGCUGAAUUCGCCGAGCGCCCUCUUGGCUCAUCAACAGCAAAUCGACGAGUUCUCCACCUCCAACUUCCUCGCCAUCAAGAAACGCUCUUCAUCGGGCGACGACAAAGUCACCUUGGUCGUGCCUACCUCGGAAUCGAUCUUGAAAUCCGUCACGACCAAGGCCAUCAUCGGGAUCGCCGAAUCGUUCGGAUGGACCGUCGACCGACGUAUCGUCAAGUUCUCCGAGGUUAUUGAGGGGGACUUUGAGGAAGUUGCGGCUUGUGGAACUGCGGCUGCUGUGAGUCGUGCACCAUUGAUGUGGCUGGCGAGGAGGGAAUGGAUUGCUCACUUUCGGAGGGUUUCUCUUCACACAGCUUACGCCUAUCCGGUCCAUCACUUACCACGAUACACCCGAGACGACGCAAAAUAUGUAAGUAUAUCAAGGCAUUACUUGCUGGCCACAUUGACCAUCCGAAAACCUGACUUGGAACACUUGCUUCGCCUUUUGUCUGUUCAGCUCGAUCGGCGAUGGUGUCAACGCCGGACCUCGCUUCCUCUCCAGUCAGUUAUUGGCUACGAUGCAAUGUCUCUUGGAAGAUUGCACGCAACCCUGACAUCUCCCGACCUUUCUUUUUGUAGUCCUUUCCGAGCUGACAGGAAUUCAGAGCGGUACGAUCCCGGACAAGUUCGACUGGACCUGGCCCAAGGAAGGGAUCGAUGGAUCAAAGUAG